AUGCGCGUGAGACUAGGUCAAAGUUUACUCGUGUCUCAAAUUGUGGUGUAAAGUCUCUCUGUGCAAGGCUAUCUUUAGGAGUUUAGUAUGGAGUCAGAGGUUAACGAAACAGCAGGAGUGGAGAACACUAGUAAUGUCACUGGCCGGGACGCAGCUACUCCUGAAGGCAUAGCUAUCACGUACGGGAGUCUCUUUUUGAUGGCUUUGCUGCCUCUCUUCUUCGGAAGCCUCCGCUCCGUGGGCUAUCACACUGGACUGAAGACUCGCGGAGAAGAAGCUGGUGACAGGAUAGGAAUGAGAGACGCAGCCAUGUUCCCAGUGUAUGCCAGCGGCGGGCUCUUCGGUCUCUACCUCUUCUUCAAGUUCCUGCCUAAGGAAUAUGUGAACACGAUAUUGAGUGCUCUGUUCCUGUUACUGGGUAUUAGUGCCCUCACCCGAGCCCUAAGCUCCAUUGUCAACCCUUUCAUUCCUGACUCCUGGAAGGCGUGGUUCACUCAGUACAGUCUCCACCUAACUGUCACCACCCCAGGGAAGGAAUCUGAGGAGUCCAGACUCAAGUUCACCACAAUUGAUGUGAUCCUAGCUGUGGGAAGUGCUCUUCUCGGACUGGGCCACCUACUCUCCAAUCACUGGCUCUCCAACAAUGUCUUUGGUCUGGCGUUCUGUCUGAAUGCCAUCGAGAUGAUCUCUCUCGAUAGUGUCGGAGUUGGAGCACUUCUCCUUGGAGGUCUUUUUCUGUACGACAUAUUUUGGGUCGGUUCUCUCUCUGAACAAUGUUUGGUGUUUGGAACUGACGUCAUGGUAACAGUAGCCAAGUCGUUUGAGGCUCCAAUAAAGUUGAUGUUUCCUAUGGACAUUCUAGAGAAGGGACUGGGAGCCAAUAAUUUUGGGAUGCUGGGACUAGGCGACAUUGUUAUUCCUGGACUACUCAUUGCUCUCCUGUGUAGGUUUGAUAAGAGUCACCACCCCAAGGGGAUCAAGGUGUAUUUCUACUCUGGGUUCCUGGCCUAUGUCCUUGGUCUGGGCACCACCAUCGCUGUCAUGCACACGUUCAAGGCUGCCCAGCCUGCCCUGCUCUAUUUAGUGCCCUCCUGCCUGGGUCUUCCACUGUUCAUGGCUCUUAUUCGUGGAGACAUCUCAGACAUGUUCAAGUAUCGAGACUACCCUGAAAAGAAGGAAGCCAAAGAGUCCAAGGAAGACUGAUCUUGUUCCCCUCUCUGGUUCACAUUCAUUCUCAUCGAUUUCUUGAUCAUACGGAGAUCAAAGUUUCAUGAUCAAAGCCACUACGCGCAUGCGCAAAUAGCAUAAGCGACAAAUUAUACUACUGUUGAAGCGUGCGUGUCGGGGGUUCAGAAAAGCCAAGGUGUGGAGGAGCAUCGCACGGAAUGGAGAGACCGAGACGACAGAGGGACAUCUCGCUUUCUAUCCACUCUUUCUCCCUCACGGCCUCACCGAGCGGGUCCUACGGCCUGAAGCUGAGCGGUAAAGCACCUGCCAUGGUUGCUCUGGUGCAGAAAGGCUCGCCGGCCGCUCGUGCGGGGCUCCUGGUGGGAGACUUUGUACUGAGAGUGGCUGGUCAGGACACACGGAGUGCGGACGGAGAGAUUGUUCUCCGGAGACUGAAGGAGGAAGUGGGGAAGACGGUGGAGGUGGGUGUAGCCAGACCCUCUCCUGUUCCUGUGACUGACAAGGAGAAAAUGAAGGCUCUCAUUGUACUGCAGACCAAGCUGGACAGUGGAACCAUAUUCCAACCAUCUGGCACUGGCUACUCCACCACUGUCCAAGACGCCCUCGCAGCCACUAGAGACAUUCUGGGGGACCUCGGUUUGGACCCCUCCCCCCUCCCCGCCACCCAGGAGGUGGAGGUGAAGAUGUACGACAGUGACUCCCUCCCCUCUCCUCCUCCCUCCUCUGACAGUGAGGAGGAGAAGGACCCUCUGUUAGAUUUCUCCAGAGAUGAUGCUCUCACUUACAGACCGGGCCAGCCAGCUAAGGCAGCUCAGAGCCUGGCAGACAGUGUCAGACAAGCUACACAUGCCCUGGAGAGUAUGAAGAAUCUGACUGAAGGGCUGAAGAAGAAAGAGAGACAGAAGUCUCCAGUACAAGUGAGCUCAGUGGCUUCACUCCAGACAACAGCAGUUAGCUCCACGAAAAGAGAGAGAAGUCCCCACCCUGGAGUGGGGCCAGAGACUGAGGCCUUGGGUGACAGACUGCGGGAGCAGAGCCCUUCUCCGUUCGACGACGGGAGGGAAGAGCUGCAGUGGGUGGAACCCGCGGCCCCUCCUCUUCCUCCCCACACCAGUCUCCAGAGAACAACUACCCAGGAGCCAGGGGGAGAGAUGGACAUGCCUCCCCCUGUACCUCCUCAUGGCAGAACUGGAGAGCAGCAUGGGGAGGAGGAGAGGAAGAAGAGGGAGAGAGAAGACACUCGGAGGGAGAUAGAGAGGGAGCUGGCCAGGAGGGAGAGAGCCGAGGAGAAGACCAAGGAACAGCAGUCUGUUCCCAGAAGACAGGCUCCCAAAGCCCUAGCACCUGCACACAGCAGAGGUGUUCCACUGAGAAUGAAGCAGAGCAGAGAGAGGCCGGCUGGGGUGGAAGAAGAGGGAAAAGUGGUCGGAAGAGCCAUGGGGUACAAGAAACUGCACCCUCCCCCCUCCCACCCUGCCCCCUCUCCUCCUGCAGAUGAGCCUGUGACGGAUCUUGCUGACCAGCCGACAGCUCUGGGAGGCCUCCCUCCCUCCAUUGUGACGUGGCGAGGAGAGGAGGUGGCCACCUGGCUCUUCCAACUGAGUCCCACUCUCUCACAGCACUACAGACCAUGCUUCUCUCGUCAUGACAUCACUGGCCAGACACUCAUGAGACUCAACCUAGCCAAGCUCAAGUCAAUGGGAAUUGAUAAUAUCAAGCACUGUCAGCAGUUGGGGCUGGAGAUCGCCAAACUCAAGAUUUACCAGGAAUCACUGGAGCUGCGGGAACUGGAGGAAGAGAGUCAGCUCUCGUUCCUUUAGUCCCCCUUUCCACUAGCUAGCCCACCCCUUUCAUUACAACUUUUUAGUAAUGAGCAAUUUUUAGGUCAUAAUGAGCUGGUCGUCGCGCGCGCCGCGGAUUAUGAAUUUAGUUAUCAGUGCAACAGUUUUGUCGCGACACCAGCAGAGGGAGGUGUGCAGAAGCCGGGCUGCCAUUGUUGCCUGGCUGCUUUACAGAGCUAGCGCCGAUAGCAGUGAUGUCGGACGACAAGAUAAAGCGACUGAGGACCCACGUGGUCAAGGAACUGUACGACACGGAGGCUGACUACACAGCCCAUCUGGAGUUCACUGUCACCGUUUUGCUGGAGAAGGCGCGAGUGAAGGGGCAGCACGACAACACGUUCACGGAGAGCGUUCUGGGGAAGCUGUUUUGCAACAUAGAGGACAUUCUGCAGCUGCACCGGAGACUUGUGGAGGAGCUGAAGGCCUGCUUGAAAGGGGGUGUGUCGUACAGCUGCUCCAUUGCAGGAGUGUACCAUAAGUUUAAAGAAGAGUUCCUAAUCUACCAGGACUAUGGGAAGGGGAAUGAAGCAGCCCAGAAACUGCUGUAUGAACUGGAAGACAAUGAAGGGUUUCAGGCCUUCUUCCUGGCUUGUCUUCUGCUGGGAGGUCGGGAUGGAGGAAAUGGAAUCAGUUCGUACCUCUUCAAGCCCAUCCAGAGAGUCACCAAGUACCCUCUGCUCUUUAGGGAGUUGGAGAAAUACACUCCCCGAGACCACCCUGACUACGAGGCAACACGGGCAAUGGGUGUACGGAUGAGAGAGAUAUGCUUCGUCAUCAACGAAGCAAAACGAGGUGUCGAGAAACUAGAUGCCAUCACUGACUGGCAGGCCACAGUGGACGGCUGGGAAGGUUCGAAGGUGACGGACACUUGCAAUCAGCUGAUCAAGGAAGGAGCGCUGAUAAAGAUAUCGGCAGGCAACACGCAGGAGCGAAUGUUCUUUCUUUUUGACAACCUCUUCGUGUACUGCAAGAAAUCUCUGCUGUCCAGGACACGCCCUCUGCUGUUUCGUGGGCGAAUUCCAAUGGAAAACCUCGACGUUGAGGAUAUUGAAGAUGGAACAGCUGACUUCCACACUGGUGGAAUCACGGUCACCAACAGCUGGAAGGUGCACAACAUUGCCAAAGACAAGUGGUUUGUCCUCAUUGCCAGGACUCCCGAGGAGAAGAAGGAGUGGAUGGAUGCCAUUCGCGCCGAAAAAGAGAAGAAGAAGAGAUCCCAGGCCAGCAGGGGACAGGCCAUCUACAGACUGAUGGUUGACAAGGGAGAGAAGCUUCAUCAGAAGGCUAAACAGGGGAAAACCCCUCUCGUUAGGGACCACAAGGUUAUGCUGCGCUCUGUGGGGAAGUGUUUCAGUGGAGCGGAGUUUGUGUGGUGGCUGGUGGAGCAGGGGGAGGUGGGGAAGGAGGACGAGGCAGUGAUACUGGGACAGCAUCUACUGGAGAACGGCAUCAUACACCACACCAAUGACAAACACCAGUUCAAGAAGGGAGAACUACUCUACAGGUUUCGCUAUGACGACGGAACAUUCCGACAGAAGUAUGCCAGCAGUGAACUGGCAGCUAGGGGUGUGCGGAUGUACUGCCGUCUUCAUGGUCUGUUUGACCCUAUCAUUAGGGACCACAAGGGUAGUGUAAUUGGAGGGGCACUCAGGAAUGUCCUCAAUGCACAGAAGUUGAUAGAGUGGCUGCUGGAGGAGAAGGACAUUGUGUCCCGAGACGAGGGAGUCGCUCUUGGACGACAGUUUGUGGCUCUUGGUGUUCUGAGACAUGGUCA